AUGAAAGUAUCAUCGACGUAUCAGAGCCAGAGUUUUGGCUGUUUGGUGGCUGAAAGAAGCGCUAGUCGUUCAAACUCUUCGAGGAAGAUACUUGCCCUGCUCUUAGAUGAUGUUACUUAUGGCGUGGUAAAUGAAUCUGAUGAUUGGGGUGUUCAGUUUGGUUCAGACAUUUUCAUUGGUGAAUAUGCUAAUAGUGAACCUUUCAUUGGCUGUAUUGCAGAUCUAAUAAUCAAUGAAAAAGUCCAGUCAUUCAGAGACAUGAAUGAUUAUUUAGAGGCCGAAUUUGGAGUUUGUAGGCUAGAUAGUAUUGUGGGAGUGCCGGUGGUUAUACCACCCCCAAGCAUUGUAGAUGAACAGGAUAGUGCUACCACUGUCUCUCCGGAAUCCUGUGCUCUACUUCCCCCGGAUAAUGACGGUGUGACAGAAGAGGGAUUCCAGUUUGGAAAUGAAGCCAACAGUCGAAUUGAGCUUAGGAACGUGUCAGUAUUUGAUGGUGAAUUCCGUAAAAGGGGUUCGAUAAAAAUGAGUAUAAAGACAGAAAGUGAGGACGGCAUUCUGUAUUACGCUGCAGGUGCAAAAGACUUCCUGACUGUUUAUCUUGCAAGCGGAAAGGUUGUCUUCACCUUUGAUUGUGGGUCAGGAGCAGUUGUUGUUAGAGGCAGCACUUUUGUCAAUGAUGGAACCUGGCACAAGAUUGAAGCUUACAGAUAUCAAAACAAUGGAAGCCUGACUGUUGAUGAUGCUUUGAGCAUGGGAAUAUUUGGCAAAUCUAAAGAUAUUAACAGGAUUAAAGCACCACAGUACAUUGGUGGAGUUCCACAGGAAGUCCCAGAAAAACAUGUGCCAUUUUCAUCUCAGAUUGGAUUUGUUGGUUGUCUCAAGGAUUUCUCAGCUGUUGUUAAGGACAAUGCUAUUGCGGUUGUUGAUCAGAAUCCUGUUAAAUUUGAUGUUACUCCAUGUGGAGCAGAACAAGGCUUAUUUGUACAAAAUGGGUAUCUGGUUCUGAUUGAAGAAGAAAAAGUGGGGAAAAUGUUUGAUGUUGAAUUUGAAAUGAAGCCGCGUGUCACAGAUGGGGUUCUAAUGUCUGUACGCACAGGUAAAUAUUUCUUCGUUGUGGAGAUAGUCGAAGGUACCGUUAUUGCCCGAGCCAGCAAUGGAGAGCAACCGUUUGAGGCAUCAAGCAAGCACCUUGGGAUGUCAAUCUGCGAUGGGCAGUGGCACAAUGUCACAGUUGAGAAAAGAAAAAGUACAAUCACGUUGACUGUAGAUGGAAUUCUGACGGAAGAGAAGCUUCGAGGUGCGCAGGAAAAGAGUGCCCGCACAACCGAUGCUCUCUACGUUGGUGGCAUACCAGAUGUUGAACCUGUUGAUCACACAUCAAGUGAAGAGCAGUUCGUUGGAUGUUUGAAAAACAUCAAAAUAAAUGGAGAAACCAUCAUUCUAUCUGGAAAAAAGAAAUUUGGAAAUGUUUCUAUCGACUCAUGUCCUGUGGGCUAAAGAAAAGUGAAAACCAAAUUAAAUUCUUAGAUCUUCUUGAAAGAAAAAAAAGAUAACAUAUGUAUUUUUAAUUAUUAAGAAUCUCUUAACAAUAAUUUUACUGUAUUUCAUUUUUAGUGUUAGUACAGUACCUUUUUUAGAAGUGCCUGAAGUAAUUAAAAAACUUAAGUACUGUAGAUGUUCAACUCAAAGUGUCUAAAUUGAUUAAAAUAUUACUGCAAGAGUAGAAUUAGUGUAAUAGUAACCCACCUAUUAUUAACCCACUAUUCUAAGAGUGGGCUUAAUGUUUAUUGGAAUACAAAGUUCUAAAGGAAGAACUUCUUCCCAACUGUUUGGUGAUAUCUAUAAAAUGAUUAUGGUUCAAGAUGACAACAACAUCGUUUAAAGAUGGUAAAUAAAAUUUCUGUGAAAAUGAA